AGUACUAAAAACUCAGUUCCUAUCUCUCUCUAAAACUUUCUCUUUCUGUAUCUUGCAACCUAUAGAUACACCGAUACAUACAGAUACAAUAAAACAACUACGUAAUCUAGAAUACCCCUGAAUUUGAUUCCUCCAACACGAUUUGAAAUCCCUAAUCUGGUAGUAAACCUUCUGUUAUCGGCACUUGAAAUCUCUCAUCGUCCCCUCAAUUUCCGCAAUUUCUCUCUCUUCAGUUCGUGAUUUAAGUUAUCUGUGAAAAACCCUAACUUUUGCUAUUUGCUCCUUUGAACCCUAGUUUAAGUCCUCAACUCCCAAUACUUGGCAAUCGUUACUCGCGGGAUUUGGGGAUUCGAAUAGUUUUAGGAUUUCUGACUUUCUUUAUCAGAAUUAAACUGGCCAUUUCUACGUGGAAUAUGGAAAUUCCUGAAUAAAUUGCUGUGGUAGUUUGGCAAGCAUACAUUUCCUUUUGCUGCUCAAUGCUGGUGGCAGCAUGCAGAUGAUUGUUGGAAGAGAUGCAAAGGUAUCAUGCUGGCAGCUGCACUAGUGCAGUCAAUAACAGUGCAAUUUCCGGAAUACAGUCAAGGGAUGCAUCCCGUGCUGACCCAUCAACUUUGCCUCCUAACUUCUCACUAAAUUCAAGACGCUCUGCACAGCCAAACCAAUACAAAUUGAGGUGUGACAAGGAAUCAUUGAACUCCAGACUUGGGCCACCUGACUAUCACCCGCAGACUCCAAAUUGCCCUGAGGAGACACUUACCAGGGAGUAUGUGCAAUCUGGUUACAGAGAGACUGUUGAAGGACUUGAGGAAUCCAGAGAGAUCCUCUUAUCUCAGGUUCAGUUUUUCAACAAUCCAACUAUUGCCAAGUGCAAAGAGGCAAUCAGAAAAUGUCAUAGAGCAAUUAAUGAGUCUCGUGCCCAAAAGCGAAAGGCGGGUCAAGUUUAUGGAGUGCCACUUUCUGGUACACUACUGACAAAGCCUGGUAUCUUCCCUGAGCAAAGACCAUGUGGAGAAGACUUCAGGAGGAAGUGGAUUGAGGGUUUAUCACAACCGCAUAAACGAUUGCGGUCAUUGGCCGACCAUGUCCCUCAUGGCUACAGGAGGAAAUCUCCGUUUGAAGUUCUUAUUAGAAAUAAUGUUCCCUUGUUGAGAGCAACGUGGUUCGUCAAAGUAACUUAUCUUAAUCAGGUUCGGACGACCUCUUCUAAUUCAUCAUCUGGGUAUCAUGACAAAACUCACGUUUCACGUUCGGAACAAUGGACAAAAGAUAUUAUAGAGUACUUGCAAUGUCUUUUGGAUGAAUUUCUUACAAGAAACAAUACUCAUUCAGCAUUGUAUGCGCGGGAUCGGUCUUCACAAAUGAUCUUUGCUGGUUCAGUGCAACAAAAGGGUGAUUCGUAUCCAUCUCUUGUAGAUGGUGAGGAACCUUCCCUGUAUAAUAAAUGGUGGUAUGUGGUGAGGAUUAUUCAUUGGCACCAUGCUGAAGGACUGGUCAUUCCUUCUCUCAUUAUUGAUUGGGUUCUGAAUCAGCUCCAGGAAAGAGAAUUGCUCAGUGUUCUCCAGUUGCUAUUGCCCAUUAUAUAUGGUGUUAUAGAAACUGUUGUUUCAUCUCAGACUUAUGUGCGUACACUGGUGAGAAUUGCUUUUCGGUUCAUACAAGAGCCUUCUCCUGGUGGUUCUGAUCUUGUCGAUAAUUCUCGGCGUGCAUAUACUACUGCUGCUGUUGUUGAGAUGCUUCGGUAUUUGGUACUAGCUGUACCUGAUACUUUUGUGGCUUUGGAUUGUUUUCCCUUGCCAGCGUCUGUAAUAAGUCAUGUAGUAAAUGAUGGCAAUUUCUUAUCCAAAAUGGCUGAGGAUGCUAAGAAGGUGAAGGGUGGUCAAAUUGAAGUAUCCAGUGUACUUAGGGAUAAAAACCAUGAUGUUCAAGCUGACUCCUUUUCAUUCCAAAGUGUUGUCUCAUCAAUUCAAAAACGUUCAGAGACUCUUUCAAGAGCAGCCAAACCCAAUCAUCCUGGUCAUAAUAUAGCAAAAGCCUUGCAGGUGUUGGACCAAGCUCUCAUGCAUGGGGAUGUAGGAGUUUCUUUCAACUUGCUGUUAGAAAAUACGUGGGAUGAGAUUUAUACUGAACAUUGGAGUGCUGAAGUCUGUCCCUGUUUACUUACAUCACUUAAGCAUAUUGGUAAGGCGACACCAUCAUUACUUUGCUCCAUUUUCCUCAUUUGUGAAUGGGCCACUUGUGAGUUUAGAGAUUUUCGUGCUGCGCCUCCUCAUGGUCUGAAGUUUACUGGUAGAAGAGAUUUCUUUCAUAUAUUUAUAGCAAUACGGCUUCUAAAACUGAAGAUGGCAACCUUGAACAGUUCGAAGCCAAGAAACAAAGAUCUUGUAGAUAUUUUUGAGAGUCCAAGCCUUCUGCAUGAUGUUAUUGUAUGUUGGAUUGAUCAGCAUGAGGUGCACAAUAGGGAAGGUUUUACAAGAGUGCAACUUCUAAUAAGAGAGUUGAUGCGAUCUGGCAUUUUCAACCCUUUGGCAUAUGGCAGACAGCUGAUUGUAAGUGGAAUCAUGGAUGGCAUUGGACCUAUGGUUAACCUGGAAAAGCGUAAGAGACAUUACAAACUCUUGAAGCAGUUGCCUGCUCACUACAUCCGUGAUGCUCUAGAGGAAGCCCAGCUUGCUGAACCACCAAUUCUCUUGGAAGCAAUGAAUGUUUACUCAAAUGAACGGCGCUUGCUACUUGAUGGGUUGUUAGGAGUCAGUAAAUUUACUCCUGGUGUGAGAAAUGUGGCUAAGAAGAAAAGGCAUUUCCACAUGUCUGAAAAUGGAAGUGGCUCUCCAUCUUCUGUUGAUCAGUGGUAUUUUCAAGCAACAUCCAAAUUAUCAACAGAUGUCGACAUGGAUGUCAAACUUGAGGAGUUAAAAGCUUCAAUUUCGGCAUUGUUACAAUUUCCCAAUCCUUCUUCAUCAGCUGAUACUGGAGUUGAUGAAUCUCAAGUGAGCACUAAGAGGCCUGGUGGGGUCUAUAAUAGAACUGAUGGUGUUGAAGAAUCAUCUGGAUGUGAAGAAUGCAGAAGAGCAAAGAGACAAAAAUUAAGUGAAGAAAUGAGCUCAAUCCUGCAGUCAAAUCCAGCAGAUGAUGAAGAAAUAUGGUGGAUAAAAAAGGGGCUCCAAUAUAUGGAGUCAUAUAAAGCAGAACCGCCUCCUAAACCUGCCAAGCAGACCUCAAGGAGCAGGCAGAAAUCUGUCCGGAAAACUCAAAGUCUUGCACAAUUAGAUGCUGCUCGAAUUGAAGGUAGUCAGGGAGCAUCUACAAGCCAUGUAUGUGAAAGUAGGAUAGGGUGCCCUCACCAUAGAAGUGUUUCUGAUGACAUUACAAAAUCAGUGGAUGUAGCCAGAAAACCGCCCUCUGGAGAUAUUGUUUCAAUUGGAAAGCUUCUGAAGCAGAUGCGGUUUGUAGAGAAGAGGAAACUGUCUGUAUGGUUGAUAUCAGCUGUUAAGCACCUAAUCGAAGAGGCUGAAAGGACUGUGCCUAAGGUAGGUCAAUAUGGUAGGACAUUUCCUGCUAAUGAUGGUCGAAGCUCCAUAUACUGGAGGCUUGGCGAAGAUGAACUGUCAGCAAUUUUAUAUUUAAUGGAUGUUUGUCAUGAAUACACUUCAGCAACAAGGUUUCUUCUUUGGUUGUUGGCGAAAAUUCCUAAUAAUCCUGCUUCUGCCAUCCCCAGUAGGAGUAUUAUGAUGCUUCCUAGGAAUGUGGAUAACGAUGUCUAUAACAUUGGGGAGGCAUUUCUUCUGUCAUCAAUUCGCAGUUAUGAAAAUAUAAUUGUUGCAGCUGAUCUUAUUCCUGAGACUUUGUCGGCCACAAUGCAUCGUGCUGCAACGUUUUUGGCAUCUAAAGGCAGGGUGGUUUCUGCUUCACCUGCCUUAGUUUAUGCUCGCCAAAUUCUAAAGAAGUACAGCAAUGUAACCAGUGUUGUUGAGUGGGAAAAGACCUUCAAAUCCACAUGUGAUAAGCGACAGAGUUCUGAAAUAGACUCUGCAAAGUCCUCAGAAGGGGACUUUGGCUUUACCCUUGGUGUCCCAAACGGAGUGGAAGAUCUUGAUGAUUAUUUCCGUCAAAAGAUAACUGGUGCAGCACGGGUUUCUAGAGUGGGUUUGAGCAUGAAAGAAAUAGUUAACAAGCAUGUGGAUGAAGCUUUUCAGUACUUCUACAGCAAAGAUAGAAAGCCUUAUGGAGCUGGAACAAAUAAAAUCCCAAGUAUGGAGAAGUGGGAAGACGGCUAUCCCUUAGCUCAGAAAAUAGUUCAGGGAUUGAUCGACUGCAUGAGACAAACUGGUGGGGCUGCUCAGGAAGGCGAUCCUUCGCUUGUAUCUUCUGCGAUUGCUGCUAUUGUUAAUAAUGUUGGACAAGUAAUUGGCAGGAUUCCUGAUUUAUCUGCCAGCAGUAAUCACUCAAAUGUCCCUUCCUCUUCUGGAUCCUUAAAUUUUGCAAGGCGCAUUUUACGUGUUCAUAUCACUUGCCUAUGUAUAUUGAAGGAAGCGCUUGGAGAACGUCAGAGCCGAGUCUUUGAGGUCGCUCUUGCAACAGAAGCUUCUUCUGCUCUCUUGCAAACUUUUGCACCUGGAAAGGCACCUCGCAGUCAGUUUCAAAUGUCUCCUGAAUCCCUUGAUUUCAAUUCAAAUUUACCAAAUGACUCUUUAAAUCACUCCAAUAAGGCUGCUCUUGGGAGAGCGGCAAGAAUAACAGCUGUUUCUGCACUUGUUGUUGGGGCAAUUCUCCAGGGAGUUGCUAGCCUGGAUAGAAUGGUUACCCUAUUUAGGAUUAAAGAAGGACUGGAUCUAAUGCAGUUUGCAAGGAGUCUGAAAACUAACAUGAAUGGAAAUGCACGCUCCAUGGGUGUUUCGAAGAUUGACAACUUGAUUGAAGUUUCAGUGAUCUGGUUCAGGGUUCUUGUAGGAAACUGCAGAACAGUCUGUGAUGGACUCAUUGUGGAACUCUUGGGUGAAGCCUCAGUUGUAGCUCUCUCGAGAAUGCAGCGAAUGCUGUCUCUAAACCUGGUCUUUCCACCGGCCUAUUCUAUAUUUGCCUUUGUGAUAUGGAAGCCUAUACUUGAUGCUAGUGUUGGAGUACGAGAAGAUUCACAUCAGUUGUCUCAAUCGCUGGCCGCAGCUGUAGGUGAUGCCAUAAAGCACUUGCCAUUCCGUGAGAUAUGUUUCCGCAAUGCUCAUGGCCUAUAUGAUCUCAUAGCUGCAGAUACCCUUGAUUCAGAAUUCGUAUCAAUGUUACAGUCUUGUGGUACAGACAGCAACUUGAAAGCUGCUGCCUUGGCCCCUCUUCGUUCUAGGCUUUUUCUAGAUGCACUCAUAGAUUGCAAAAUGCCCGAACCUGUAAUAAGAUUGGAUGGUGGGAAUUGGAUCUCUGGUCAAGGUGAAUUGAAAAAACAAUGUGCAGAAAAUGUGAAAAAGCUUAUGGGUAGGCUUGUACAUGUUUUGGAUACCCUGCAACCUGCCAAGUUCCAUUGGCAGUGGAUUGAGCUUAGGCUCCUCCUAAACGAACAGGCUGUUAACGAGAAGAUUAUGGAAAACGAUAUCUCCUUGACUGAUGCAAUAAGAUCUCUCUCACCUCAUCCCGAUAAAAAUACUGCUUCUGAGAAUGAGAGCAACUUUGUCCAAAUUAUCCUCACCAGGUUACUCGUCAGGCCCGAUGCGGCUCCCUUAUUCUCUGAAGCUGUGCAUCUAUUGGGGAAGUCACUUGAGGAUUCAAUGCUGUCGCAAGCUAAAUGGUUGCUCAGAGGUGCAGAAGUUCUGUAUGGCAAGAAAACGAUUUGGCAGAAAGUUAUGAAUAUUGCUGCCGACAUCAAAGAACUGUCUGUUAAGCCUCAAUACUGGAAGCCAUGGGGAUGGUUGCAUGCUGAUACUAAUUCAGUGAGUAGUAAAGGUGAGAGGUUGAAAUCCGAAGUUGGUGCCCUUGAAGAAGGAGAAGUCGUUGAUGAAGGGGCUGACGCUAACCAUUCUGGAAAAGGACAUGGCCUUUCGGUUGUUGACGGGUCGGUUGCGAGUCAGCAGCAUCUGACAGAGCGAGCGCUGAUUGAAUUGAUCCUUCCAUGUGUGGAUCAAGGCUCUGAUGACUUACGUAAUAGUUUCGCGAGUGAAAUGAUCAAGCAGAUGAGCAACAUUGAGCAACAAAUAAAUACAGUUACUCGUGGAGGUGGCAAGUCUGCAUCAAUCCCCUCUCCUGCGAUUGGAAGUCCUGCCAAUAAAAGUGGCAGUCGCAAGAGUGCGAAAAGUGGCAGUCCUGGGAUACCAAGACAAUCUGCCGUGUCUGCUGACACCGUUCCACCUUCUCCUGCAGCACUGCGAGCUUCCAUGACAUUGCGGUUGCAGUUCCUGCUGAGAUUACUCCCUAUUAUUUGUGGAGAUAGGGAGCCUUCAAGCCGUAAUAUGAGAUAUGUUCUUGCUUCAGUGAUUUUACGUCUUCUCGGAAGCAGGGUCGUGCACGAAGAUAGCUCCCACUAUGUAAAUACUGCACUGACUUCUUCGAAUAGGGAUGCAGAAUCUCUUAUGGAGAGUUAUACAUCUACGACAUUUCUGUGUGGUGAAAGUCUUUUUGAUUGUUUGUUGCUCGUGCUGCAUGUGCUGCUGAGCAGUUACCAGCCAAGCUGGUUGAAACUGAAAUCUGAAUCCAAGUCCACUGAGUCCAGCAAGGACUACGCCGCUUUCGAUCGUGAAGUGGCAGAAAGCCUGCAGAAUGACUUGGAUCACAUGGAAUUGCCCGAGACAAUCCGGUGGCGUAUCCAAAGUGCAUUGCCAAUUCUAGCACCACCCGUUCGAUCUUCACUCUCGUGCCAGCCUCCGUCAGUACCGCCCACUGCCCUCGCCUGUCUCCAACCGAGCAACCCAGUGACAGUGUUAAACCCCUGCAACUCAAACCCACCUCAGAGGAAUUUGGGCUUGCCGGGGCGCACCAACAUGAAAACAAAGUCACAGAUAUCGCAGCCGGACCUCGACACAGAGAUCGACCAGUGGACCCUUUUGGAGGACGGGGCCGGGUCAGGCCAGCCCUCGCCCAGCUCUGCGGGCAUCGGGAGCAGCGACCAUGCUAAUUUCAAGGCGUCCUUCUUGCUCAAGGGGGCUGUGAGAGUGAGGCGGACGGACCUCACGUACAUCGGUGCAGUAGACGAGGACAGCUGAUAUGAAGCACGGCCUAAACUUCCUUGUAUUGAAAUUUUUUUCGUGUAGGUCGCCUCCUUGAUGGUCUAAUCUCGCGUAUUACCAGUUGUUAACUGCCUCUUCGAGGAGACGGGGGGCCGCAUCGGGCGAGGAGGCUGCUCCCGAGACUCAUUCUUUACAGGUGCCUUGGCGGUCGGGUCGAAUUCGACGACGAAUAUCCCUAUCUGGCUUCCUCUGGUACGUACGUGCGAUCUGAGGCCCCUGCUCAUCACUAACCCCUUUUGAUUGUUCGAAAUUUCUGGAUGAUGCAUUUCCAUAGUUAUUGUAUAUAUAGAUAACGAUAUAUUUUUUCCCUUUUUCUUUUGUCGUCUGGAGCUGAGUUGAAUGUAUGAGUAAUGGGGCUUGUAGCCUUCUUUGAUGCUCAGCGAUAUUUUGUUACAAAAAUUAUGGUCUCCGAUUAUCAUUAUGUGGCGAUUUUUGUCCACCUUAUAA